AUGGGCCAGCUGGUGGAGGAGCAGUUCCUGGAGGCGCUCGAGUGCUCCAUCUGUUUGUCCCUGCUGCAGGAACCCUGCACCCUGCCCUGUGGCCACACCUUCUGCCUGCUGUGCAUCCGCGAGCACCUGGACAUCGCGGCCCGCAGGCGAUGCCCGCUGUGCAACAUGGCGGUGCCGUUUGGGCACCAGCUGCGCGUGAGCAUCCUGGCACGCAGCCUGGUGCAGGCGCUGGCGGAGAAGCAGCAGCAGGGGCAGCAGCAGCAGCAGCAGCGGGCGGGCCAGCGAAAACAGCAACAGCAACAGCAGGAGCAGCGGCAACCGGAGCAGCGGCCGACGGCACCCGCGGCAGCAGCCCCCGCCUCCGACUCAGACACCACUCCACCGCCGCCGCAGCAUGGCGGCGGCAGCCCCGCGCUGCACCGUGGCGUGCGCAACGGUGCUGUGGAUACCAGGGCCGAACCGCUGCAGGAGGCGCAGCGUCCCGAGCCUGCAGCCACUCCCCAGCGGCAGGGAGGGCAGCCAGCGGGGGUCGCAGCGGGGAGCGGCGGCGGAACACCUCACCUAGCAGCCCCAUCCCUGCCCCCGCCAGCAGGCACACCGCAGCAGCAGCAGCAGCAGCAGCAGCAGCAGGGAGAGCGGCAGGAGCCGCAGCAACAGGUGCGGCCCGGGCAGCAGCAGCAGGGCGAUGAGGCGCCACCCAGCCCGCCACAGCCAGCAGCCGCCAGCCCCGCCCCGCCACCGCGGCCCAGCCGCCCAGCCGCGCCCAAGCCGCUGCUGCAAGCCGCCCUGCACCCGCUGGCGGAGGCUGCCGCCGUCGGCGCGCAGCUGCUGCUGUGGGCGCUGCUGUCCCCGGCGGCGGGGUGCCUUCGUGAGGCUCUGUGGAUAGCACUGGCCAUCGUGCUGCCGCCGGCACUGGCGGUGUGGGGCCGCGCCCUGCUCUGGACGCUGCUGCUGGGGCUGGCCGCCGCGGCGCUGGCCGCGCAGCGCCGCUGGGGGCCGCUGGCGGCGCUGCUGGCGGCGACGGCAGCAGCGGACGCCGCCUCCGCGCUCCUCGGCGGGCGCCGCCUGCUGCCUGGCCACCCGCCACCGGCGCCUUGGUAG